AUGAUUAUACCAGUUCAAUCAUGUGUGCACUUUUCAUGUCACAUUUUUCUGAUUUUGUCCUUCUUCCUUGUUCACACAAGCUCACAAUCCUUGAGUGAUCAAGAGCAUGCACUUUUGCUUAAGAUAAAGCAAUACCUUGAAGACCCUCUUUUCCUCUCCCACUGGAAUUCAACUUCCUCUCACUGUUCAUGGCCAGAGAUCACAUGCACCACUGGAUCAGUCACUUCUCUCACUCUCUCCCACUCCAACAUCACCAAAAUUAUACCACCCUUCAUUUGUGACCUCACCAACCUCACACACCUUGAUUUCAGCUUCAACUUCAUCCCUGGUGACUUCCCCACACCCCUCUACAACUGCUCCAAGUUGGAGUACCUAGACCUCUCCGGCAACAACUUUGAUGGCAAGGUUCCUCGUGACAUUGACCAUUUGGGUGCUAAUUUGCAAUAUCUCAACCUUGGUUCCACCAACUUCUAUGGCGAUGUUCCUGCUAGUAUUGGAAAUUUAAAGCAGCUGACACAGCUAAAACUUCAGUUUUGCUUAUUGAAUGGCACUGUUGCUGCUGAGAUUGAUAGCUUGUCCAAUCUUGAGUACUUGGAUUUGUCCUCUAACUUCCUCUUUCCUACGUGGAAAUUGCCUUGGAACUUGACAAAAUUCAACAAAUUGAAGGUGUUUUAUUUGUAUGGCACCAACUUGGUUGGGGAAAUCCCAGAGAACAUUGGAGAUAUGGUGGCUUUAGAGAAGCUGGAUGUGUCAAAAAAUGGCUUAACUGGAGGAAUUCCUAGUGGUUUGUUCUUGCUGAAGAAUCUGACCUCAGUCUAUCUUUUCGAAAACGGUCUCUCUGGUGAGAUACCAAGUGUGGUUGAGGCAUUGAACUUGGUCAACCUUGAUCUUGCAAGGAACAAUCUCACAGGGAAAAUACCAGAUGAUUUUGGAAAGCUGCAACAGUUGUCAUGGUUGAGUUUGUCUUUGAAUGGUUUGUCAGGUGUGAUACCAGAAAGCUUAGGCAAUCUUCCAGCUCUCAAUGAUUUUCGUGUGUUUUUCAACAAAUUAUCAGGUACUCUUCCUCCUGAUUUCGGCCGUUACUCAAAGCUUAAAACCUUUUUGAUUGCAUCUAAUAGUUUUACUGGGAAGUUACCAGAGAACUUGUGCUAUCAUGGGAUGUUACUAAACUUGUCUAUUUAUGAGAAUAACUUGAGUGGUGAGUUGCCAGAAUCACUAGGAAAUUGCAGUAGUUUACUGGACCUGAAAGUUCACGAAAAUAAUUUUUCUGGUAACAUUCCUAGUGGUCUUUGGACAUCUUUCAAUUUGUCAAAUUUCAUGGUGAGCCAUAAUAAGUUCACUGGUGUGCUUCCUGAAAGGCUAUCUUGGAAUGUUUCGAGGUUUGAGAUAAGUUACAAUCAGUUUUCUGGUACAAUUCCAAGUGGAGUAUCAUCCUGGACUAAUUUGGUUGUGUUUGAUGCCAGUAAGAACUACUUCAAUGGAAGUAUUCCAAAAGAGCUAACAGCUCUUCCUAAGUUAACAACCUUGUUGCUUGAUCAGAACCAACUCACUGGGACACUACCAUCAGAUAUAAUAUCAUGGAAAUCCUUAGUAACUCUAAAUUUGAGCCAAAACCACCUCUCUGGACAAAUCCCUCAUGCAAUUGGUCAGUUACCUGUCCUCAGUCAACUUGAUCUAUCAGAAAAUGAAUUCUCUGGCCAAGUUCCCUCUCUACCUCCCAGACUCACCAAUCUUAAUUUGUCUUAUAAUCAUUUGACUGGUAGGAUUCCAAGGGAAUUUGAAAAUUCUGUGUACGCUAGUAGCUUUUUGGGCAAUUCUGGUCUUUGUUCUGACACCCCAGCACUGAACCUUGCCUUGUGCAAUUCUGGCCUUAAAAAAACAAGCAAAGGCUCAUCUUGGUCUAUUGGUUUGGUUAUAUGCUUGGUAGUAGUAGUAGCCUUUUUACUGGCCCUUUUAGCAUCACUCUUGUUUAUUAGAUAUCAAAGAAAGAGAAAGCAGGGAUUAGAUAACUCUUGGAAGCUCAUUUCCUUUCAGAGGGUGAAUUUCACAGAAUCAACCAUUGUCUCAUCAAUGACAGAACAAAACAUUAUUGGUAGAGGUGGAUAUGGUACAGUAUAUCGCAUUGAUGUUGGUUCAGACUAUGUUGCUGUGAAAAAGAUUUGGAAUAACAGAAAGUUAGACAAGAAGCUUGAGAGCUCCUUCCGUGCGGAAGUGAGCAUAUUGAGCAACAUUCGUCAUACCAACAUUGUGAGGUUGAUCUGUUGUAUCUCUAAUGAAGAUUCUAUGCUCCUUGUAUAUGAGUAUCUGGAAAAUCACAGCCUAGAUAAGUGGCUGCACAAGACGGUUAAGCCAGGUUCAGUUAAUAAAGUGGUCCUUGAUUGGCCAAAGAGGUUGAAAAUAGCCAUUGGGGUUGCUCAAGGUUUGAGCUACAUGCACCAUGACUGUUCACCACCUGUUGUUCACAGAGAUAUAAAAACAAGCAACAUACUUUUGGAUCCUCAAUUCAAUGCAAAAGUUGCUGAUUUUGGACUAGCAAAGUUGUUAAUCAAGCCAGAGCAACUUAACACCAUGUCAGCUGUUAUUGGCUCAUUUGGCUAUCUUGCUCCAGAAUAUGUGCACUCAACCAGAGUUAGUGAAAAGAUAGAUGUGUUCAGUUUUGGGGUGAUUCUAUUGGAACUGACAACCGGUAAAGAAGCAAGUUAUGGAGACCAACACUCAUCUCUUUCAGAGUGGGCGUGGCAUCACAUUCUGAUUGGAGACAAUGUUGAAGAACUGCUAGACAAAGAUGUCAUGGAAGCCAGUUACUUAGAUGAAAUGUGCACUGUUUUCAAACUUGGUAUCAUGUGCACUGCAACACUGCCUACUAGUAGGCCUACCAUGAAGGACGCCCUACAUAUAUUGCAAAGCUUAGGAGAACCAUUAUUUUAUGGAGAGAAGAACUUUGGCUACUACUAUGAUGCUACUCCCCUUCUUAAGAAUUCAAAGGAAACUAGCUAG